CGCGCAUGCGCGGAAGCUUUCCAAUAGCCGGGCAUGUCAGGCGGAAGGAGAAGCAAUGAGCCGCUGACGCUGGGUAAGAUGGCGGCACCCUCGGGAGCUUCCAGGGAAGCGAAACAAGGGCUUAUAAAAACUCGAGGAUUUCAAUGAUCGUCUUGAAGACCCAGCUUCCUUAUCUGAGUGGCUGACAGUCUCUGCACGGCAGCCAUGGAGGAGGACGUCAAGUUAGGAAGUGACAACUGUGAGAGGAGCUCGGGAGUGAAGUUAGACCGGAACAUAUCUGUUAGCGAAUUUUCCUGCAAUUGUUGCUAUGAUAUAUUGGUGAACCCCACCACCCUGAACUGUGGUCACAGCUUCUGCAGACAUUGUCUCGCCCUGUGGUGGGUGUCUUCAAAGAAGACUGAGUGUCCUGAAUGUCGUGACAAGUGGGAAGGGUUUCCCAAAGUGAACAUACUUCUUAGGGACGUCAUUGAAAAACUGUUUCCUGAUGCCAUAAAGGAAAAAUAUGAGGACCUUGAGCAAAACACUGAAAUUUCCAGAGCCCUUCAGGCCUUCAAUAAGUAUGGGAAUGAGCAGAAUCAGUCGUCUUCCAGGGAAGGACGGGCUAACCACCAGAGGGGCGGAGGUGGCUUCUUCUCAGGAGUGCUGACUGCAUUAACUGGAGUAGCAGUUGUGUUACUGGUGUAUCACUGGAGCAGUCGUGAAUCUGAACAUGACCUUUUGGUCCACAAACCAGUGUCUAAAUGGACCCCUGAAGAGGUAGUCCUUUGGCUUGAGCAGUUGGGUCCAUGGGCGUCCCAUUACAAAGACAGAUUUUUAUCAGGAAGAGUAAAUGGAAGGCUACUACUGACACUGGCUGAGGAUGAGUUUUCAAAAGAGCCAUACAGUAUAGAGAACACCAGUCACCGGAAGGCCAUCAUCAUGGAGCUGGAGAGAGUGAAGACGCUUGGGGUGAAGCCACCUCAGAAUUUGUGGGAAUAUAGGGCUGUGAAUCCUGGAAAAUCCCUUUUCCUGUUGUAUGCCCUGAAGAGCUCGCCGCGGCUUAGUAUGUUAUACAUGUAUUUGUUUGAUUAUACAGAGACAUUUUUACCGUUCAUCCACACCACAUGUCCUUUGCAGGAGGAGGAGGAUGAAGAAGACAUUAUAACCAAAUAUAUAGUGUCUGUAGCCUUGAGUGCACUACGUGGAAGUUCUGUCAUACGGGAUUUACAGGAUCCAACAUGGAUACAAUGGCGUGAGUUCCUUGUCAAGUACGUGUUUCUUCCAUAUCAACUUCUUGCUGAGUUUGCAUGGGACUGGCUAGAAAUACAUUACUGGACUUCUCGAUUUAUAAUUGUAAAUGCCAUGCUGCUUUCAGUGCUGGAGUUAUUUUCAUUUUGGAGACUGUGGUCGACCAGCCAGCUACGGUCCAUCCCUCGACUUAUGUGGGGCCAUUUCUGGAAGAUAUCAACUCAAGGACUUCUUGUUGCCAUUUUCUGGCCUGUCAUCCCACAAUUUGUCUGCAACUGCUUGUUUUACUGGGCUUUGUAUUUCAACCCGAUCAUUAACAUUGACUUAGUGGUGAAAAAGAUCCGAAGAUUGGAGACGCAAGUAAUGUGAGACGUGCUAGAGUUCCUUCCCGGGAUUGGACACAAGUUGUGACGUUGAAUUAAAAGAUGAAGAUUGCCCCCCCCCCACCCAUUUCUACAGUCACUGUGUGAUCCAUAUAUUUUAAAAAGACUAUUACAAUCCCAGAGGCACUAUUAAGGUCAAAAUAUUUUCAUACUUUUUUAUGUGUAAUGAUACAGUUUUUCUCUCAUGAACAUGAAAUCCUUUCAUCACUUUGUCUUAUUUUAGAGCAUUUGCUGUUAAAGAGAUUUUCAAUGAAUUUCUGGUUUACAGCCUGCCUAGGAAUAUCGGUCAGCGAGUGCAAUCAUAAGACUGCAUUCACACGGGGGCAAAAUUGUGGUUGAUUUCCUACUUAUUAGUUUAGCACAGAAGCCAGUUGAAUUGCCGUAGGGCACAUUUAGAAUCAUUUCUAAUUCUUUCAAUCAAAUUAACUGACGUAUGCUAAUUGCACGAAAGCCAAAAUAAUUGUAUACACCUUUUUGAUGCAAAAGUAGGACAAUUGAGACCCUCCAUACUAUACCCGUUCGUUAACUACGGCUGGCGGUGCACCGUAGAUAGCAGUCAGCCGAACACUCAUUAGACAGUUGGCUGUUUUCCCAUCCCCUCUAUACACAUGCAUGCUCAGCCAAGCAUGUAUGUGUCCUGAGAGGGGAGAAAGCUGCUGCCAAACAUUCCUUAUGCCCCCGACAUCAUUGGAGAGUCAGGAGGCCUUGAUCCACGGUUUGUCUGUGGUUUAUCAGCCUAAACCUCUGCUAAAGCCUAAAACAAGCCGUAGUUCUGAAAUGAUUUACCGUUUAUUGUGAAGGAUUUUUUUUUAAUCUUGUCCGCAAAGUGCAAUAUAUCUUCUCAUAAAUGCUUUACUCUUUGAUAUUGUAGAAGUCUCACA